UUUUCAAAUUCGAAUACCUUUCGUUCGGACUGUUUUGUUUUCGAACAUCUUUCAUUCGAAUCAAACCAAACGUCAAACCCACUUUGUUUAUGAAGGAGUGAAUAAUUUCCGCAGCGGAUGAGCGGUGAACUGCAAAAAUGGAAAAAAACAAAAACAAAACAACCACUAAAAAUCAGUUCGAGCGGAUUGUGCUGCUUCUGGAGCAAGAGCCGGACAUAGCAAAGGGUUUCUCCCGAGGAAAUUCCGGACCCUUCUGGGAUGAUCUGGCGGCAGAAGUCAAUAGUUUGGGACCGCCUAUUCGCGAUGGAAGUGGAUGGAAAAAGGUUUGGGCGGACUAUAAGUCCGGAUUAAAGCGAAAACUCGCUCACAACAAACGGGAGCAGAGGGCGACAGGUGGAGGACCCAAUAAAAUUAUCAAUUUGUCCGAGCUGGAGGAGCAGGCAGUUCUACUAACUGGGUUACUUGCGACCGUGGAAGGAAUCCCGGGUACCUCAUCUCAUGGAACACAGUUGGGUUCGCCUUCGGGUGAACCUCAAGCUGCAGACCAGGAAAAUUUUAUAUAUUAUGGUACUUCCGACGAGUGUGACGGUAUCAAUAAUACCAUUCACUUCCAGCCCUCUCAGCCGAAAAAAUCCAGACCUUCUACCACGAGGCUAUUAGAGCUGCAAGUCGAGCAACAAAACAAAUUUCACACCAAUGUGAAAUCCCUGUUAAAAAACACAAACAAGAAUUUGAGUGAUCUGGUUCAUUAUCAGCGCCAAUCAGCUCGAGCGAUUCUUUCCGUGGAUGCCACACUCAAAGAACAUCUGAGUGAACAAAAACGACAUAACCACGAGAUGGAGAAGAUCGCGCUGGAGAAAUCAAUAGCGACAAAUCCUUGAAACGCAGAUUGCGUAUAUUUCAGAACAUUAGAAUAAUGUUUCAAAAUAUCAGUGAUCUGAUUUUUUAUCUUUAUAUUGUAACUCAAGUAUAAAAAAAUGAAAAAAGUUCUAAUCGUAUUUUUAUAUCUUUCCAUGGAAGAAAAAUCUUACUUAAUUUUUUCUUUGAAGUUUGUUUGGAAUAGCAUCAAAAUUAUAUAAACUUUUUUAAAAUUCACGAAUUUCGCCUAUAGUUUAUGGAACUUCCUUAACCCCUUCACGUACAACAUUGAACUUCACUCGUUGUUUCUCGAUGUGAAAUAAUUACAUAGCUUCAGGCAUAUGAUGAGGAUACCGACAACUGAAGAUUAUCAAAUUUCCGUUAUUUAAAAAAAAAAUUGAAUGAGCUAAAAAUAUAAAAUAUAAUUUGAAUAUUAUAAUUAAAAUAAAAACGAACGAGUUAGUACGUAGUAAUAACUCCUUCGUUUUUAUUUUAAACACAACAUGUAUUUGCUCAUCAUAGGGCACCCAUGUUAGAUACCCACACUCAGCAGAGUAGCGGAACGACUCGAAGUGCUCGUUUUGGGCCGUGCUGUUGGAAAUUAAAUCGUACAGCAAGGGGUUAAAACAACGCAAAAAGUAUUAAUAAUGGUUAUUUGAAUACUUGGCCUGCUUACGAGAAAUCGAUAAUGACAUGUUCUCAAAGUGUUGGCAGGAAUAAGAGUAAAUAAUUCUGCCGAAACCAUAGUUAAGUAAGGAAGACACUUCCUUUUCCGGUGGUUGUUAUUUAUUUGAGCAUUUGCAAACAAGUUAGAUGAAAUUUAACAGUCAUAAAUAUUAAUUUAAACAAAAGUUUAUUAUGUAAACAGCUGCAUAACAUAUUAUAACUACUGAGAACGACCAAAUUCUAAGCAUAUAUUGUGAAGUGCACAGCAUACAUUUAU